AUGGACCCUGCCAGGAAACCAAGUAUCUCAGCGGUGAUGCGGACAGCUGGUUGGCUCCUGCUGCUUCCAUUAUUGCUUCUGGAAGGAGCGAAGGCCUUGGAAUGCUACAGCUGCGUGCAGAAAGCAGAUGAUGGGUGCUCUCCGCACAAGAUGAAGACCGUGAAGUGCGCGCCGGGCGUGGAUGUGUGCACAGAGGCCGUGGGGGCGGUGGAGACCAUCCACGGGCAGUUCUCGGUGGCAGUGCGGGGAUGUGGUUCGGGACUCCCCGGCAAGAAUGACCGCGGACUGGAUCUUCACGGACUUCUGGCCUUCAUCCAGUUGCAGCAAUGCUCCCAGGAUCGCUGCAACACCAAGCUUAACCUCACCUCGCGAGCUCUCAACCCCGCAGGCAAUGAGAGUGCUAACGAGUCCAACGGCGCGGAGUGCUACAGCUGCGUGGGGCUGAGCCGCGAGGCGUGCCAGGGUUCGGCACCACCCGUUGUAAAGUGCUACAAUGCCAGCGACAACUAUUACAAGGGCUGUUUUGAUGGUAACGUCACUUUGACGGCAGCCAAUGUGACUGUAUCCUUGCCCGUCCGAGGCUGCGUCAAGGACGAGCUCUGCACCCGUGAUGGGGUGACAGGCCCAGGGUUUGUGCUCAGCGGUUCAUGCUGCCAGGGGUCCCGCUGUAACUCCGAUCUCCGCAACAAGACCUACUUUGCCUCUCGAAUCCCUCCCCUUGUCCUGCUGCCCCCUCCUCAGCCCACCACUCCAGCCCUGACCACCUCUAUCACUACGACCACCCCCGCCCCCACCACCCCCGCUGCUACUACCAAACCCAGCCCAGCGACGACGACAGCCAGCCAGAUUUCUCUUGAGGAAGCAGAACCGGAGGCCUCCCAGGAAAAGGGGCCCCGUGUGGUUGGAGGUGCUGCUGGUCACCAGGACCGCAGUAAUGUGGGGCAACACCCCUCAAAAGGUGGAGUCCAGGACCCCUCUAAUGGCUCUGAGGCUCCAUUGGUUGCAUUGGCAACUCUACUGCUGGCUGUGGCUACUGGCACCCUACUGUGA